ACAUCCCAAACGACAAAGAAACAUCAUGGAAGUAUCUGACCAGAACGAAGAAAAACAAUGGAGAACUCACUUCAUUAACUAACAUCAAGAUCUUCAACAUUCAAUGCCGGUUCUUUCCCGCCAAUUGAAACCGCCUGUAUAACCACCACCAUGACCUCCAAUCACCACCUCCCUUCAACAUUUCCGGUGAAAUCAGCUCUCUUCGUAGCCAUCAUUUCCCUAGCUCUCCUCCAUUUCCUAAAUCCCUCCCCAAAACCCCUAACCCUAACUCAACCCCAAAACACAACUCACAGCACCCGGUACAUAAUCCGUUUCACGGACUACAAAGAGGCGGAGGAUCACCGUCGCUAUUUAGCGUCUAGAAUUGAAUUUGGAUGGGAAUGGAUCGAGCGGCGAAACCCUGCUAUGAAAUACCCAACUGAUUUUGGGGUUAUUACGAUCCAAGAAUCAGAGAAGACCAGAUUAAUUGGGGAAAUUGAGAGAUUAGAUAGGGUUAAGGAUGUCAAUCUGGAUUUCACUUAUAACAGGGAUUUGCUUGCCAAGAAACGACCUGGUAAGAUUUUUACUUCAAUGUCGUUUAGUGAAGAGGAGCAUGAGCAUCAUCAUACUAACUCUUCCGUCCACUGUGAACGGGAACGCCGUCUUCUUAUGCAGCAGAAGACACAAGUUACUUCAUUGUUUGGGGCAGAGGUGCUAUGGUCAAAAGGUUACAAAGGGGCUAAAGUCAAAAUGGCGAUUUUCGACACUGGAAUUCGAGCUGAUCACCCUCAUUUCCGUAAUAUUAAGGAACGUACAAACUGGACUAAUGAAGAUACUUUGAAUGACAAUCUUGGACAUGGAACUUUUGUUGCUGGUGUUAUUGCUGGUCAAGAUGCUGCUUGUCUUGGCUUUGCACCUGACACUGAGAUUUAUGCGUUUCGUGUUUUUACUGAUGCACAGGUAUCCUACACAUCGUGGUUCCUUGAUGCGUUUAACUAUGCUAUUGCUACUAAGAUGGAUGUGCUAAAUUUGAGCAUAGGUGGACCUGAUUACUUGGAUCUUCCAUUUGUUGAGAAGGUCUGGGAAAUAACAGCUAAUAAUAUCAUUAUGGUUUCGGCUAUUGGUAAUGAUGGUCCGCUUUAUGGCACUUUAAACAACCCAGCGGACCAAAGUGAUGUUAUCGGAGUUGGUGGAAUAGACUAUAACGAUCACAUGGCUCCUUUUUCAUCCCGUGGCAUGAGCACCUGGGAGAUCCCUCACGGUUACGGCCGUGUGAAGCCAGAUGUUGUUGCAUACGGACGAGAAAUAAUGGGAUCCAAGAUUAGUACUGGUUGUAAAAGUUUAUCUGGGACUAGUGUGGCAAGUCCUGUGGUUGCUGGUGUGGUAUGCCUCCUUGUCAGUGUUAUCCCUGAAAGGAAUCGUAAGAACAUUCUAAAUCCAGCAAGCAUGAAACAAGCGCUGGUUGAAGGGGCUGCUAGGCUUUCUGGUCCUAAUUUGUACGAGCAAGGUGCAGGAAGAGUAGAUCUGUUAGAAUCAUAUGAAAUCCUGAAGAAUUACCAGCCCCGGGCAAGCAUCUUCCCCAGUAUUCUUGAUUUUACAGAUUGCCCUUAUUCCUGGCCAUUUUGUCGCCAACCACUUUAUGCAGGUGCAAUGCCAGUUAUGUUUAAUGCCACGAUACUGAAUGGAAUGGGUGUUAUUGGCUAUGUUGAAAGUCCACCAACAUGGCAACCUUUGGAUGAAGAAGGAAAUCUUUUAAGCAUUUACUUCAGUUAUUCGGAAGUCAUUUGGCCUUGGACUGGUUAUCUAGCAUUGCACAUGCAAAUUAAGGAAGAAGGUGCUCAGUUUUCUGGAGAAAUUGAGGGCAAUGUAACUCUUAGGAUUCGCAGUCCUCCAGCUCCAGGAGAAAAGGUUCCUCGAACUAGCAGUUGCGUGCUUCAAUUAAAAUUAAAGGUGGUUCCCACUCCAGCAAGAUCAAAGCGGGUUUUAUGGGAUCAAUUUCAUAGCAUCAAGUAUCCUCCUGGAUAUAUUCCAAGAGACUCUUUGGACGUUCGCAAUGACAUUCUUGACUGGCAUGGGGACCACCUACAUACAAAUUUUCAUAUUAUGUUCAAUAUGUUACGAGAUGCUGGGUACUACGUUGAAACACUCGGUUCCCCUUUCACAUGUUUUGAUGCUCGCCAAUAUGGCACACUUCUGCUAGUGGAUCUUGAGGAUGAGUACUUUAAAGAAGAGAUAGAAAAAUUGAGAGAUGAUGUUAUCAGUACUGGAUUGGGGUUGGCUGUGUUUUCGGAAUGGUAUAAUGUUGAAACAAUGGUGAAAAUGAGAUUCUUUGAUGACAAUACACGAAGCUGGUGGACUCCUGUUACUGGAGGAGCAAAUAUUCCUGCACUAAAUGAUCUUUUGGCACCUUUUGGGAUCGCUUUUGGAGACAAGAUCUUGAAUGGUGAUUUUUCCAUUAAUGGAGAGCAAAGUCGAUAUGCAUCUGGAACUGACAUUGUGAGAUUUCCUAAAGGUGGGUAUGUGCACAUGUUUCCUUUCCUGGAUAGUUCCGAGAGUGGAGCUACUCAGAAUUUGCUGCUGACUUCAGGCAUGAUGAAGGCAGACUCCCCAAUCCUUGGCCUUGUAGAGGUGGGUCAAGGUCGUAUUGCUGUUUAUGGAGACUCCAAUUGCUUGGAUAGCAGCCAUAUGGUUACAAAUUGUUACUGGCUAUUGAAGAAAAUAUUAGACUUUACCAGUGGGAACAUAAGAGAUCCACUGCUCUUUUCAGAUUCUGUUAAACAAGAUGAAGCACUUUACAUAGAUGAUAAUCAAUUACCUUCUAGAAGAACUGAUGUGAAUUUCUCUUCAUAUUCUGCUGUUGUGGGAAAAGAUAUGAUAUGCUCGAGCGACUCCAGAUCAGAAGUAUGGGGAACUAAGGGGUAUAAUCUGCAUGUAAGGGGAAGGAACAGGAGACUUCCAGGCCAUUCUUUUAUAGAUUUGGGUCGAGGUUUGAAUUCCACUGUUGACAAUUCGAAUUUGAAACGUCCAAAGUUUACUACGAAAAGUAAGAGUGACUCAUCCGGGAAUACUUACUGGGGUAUGCUCUAUGGAGAUGAGCUUGAUAUCCCUGUAGUUGCUAGUCAUUGGCUUGUACCUGCAGCGGUGGCAAUUACUGGUCUUUUACUAUUGUUGAGUAUCUGGCGGAUUCGGCAAAGGGGUCGCAGAAGGAGAAGAGGUUCUGGCUCGGGUCGAUUAGCAAAUUUGUAGUCAAGACUGAUCUUCUCAUCUGGUCUGUCUCCUUUUAAUGUUAGAAAACUAAGCAAUUUUCCCAAAAUGUUACACAUAUUUGCAAAUCUUGUUGCAGGCAUCAUUAUAGAAAUUAGCUUUGUAUCUGUAGUGUUGAUAGAGUUGUACAUUCAUCUUGGCUCGGACACUUUGUAGCGCCACAAAUUUUUGAAGACAAAUUUUGAUAAGUAAAAGAAAUCAUAUAGAUCAUAUCCAUAUUAAAACAACUUGGUGGAGCCAAUUUGAUUUCUUUUGUGAAACCAA